UCUUAUAUCUACCCUAUUCCAUUAUAUUUCUAUUAUCUGUUCUAUAUUGCAUUUUAAGAAUAGCAAAAACAAUGUAAAAAAAUUGCACCCAUACAUCAUGUGUUUAAAUAUAUAUACAUACAUGCAUACAUACAUACGUACAUAUAGAAUGGUAAAGAAGGAAAUACUUGGUGAAAGAAACAAAAGAAGAAGGCCAAGUUGUUAUUUCAGGAAACGAAAGGACAAAAGAGGAAUAAUAUAUCAAAUAGAAUGAUGGUUUCUCAUGCAAAAGGUGGAAAAAAAAUAAAAAUUAGUGGAUCUUCUCUUUCCAAUGUAAUUGGUGGUGUUCCUUCAUAUUCGUGUGCCCGUAAAUUCCGUCCAAACACGUCUUAUGUUAGAAUGUAUUCCCUUGUUUUUUGGUAUAUAACAUCUCCUCCUCCACCAUCUCUUCUCCUUCCCCCUCCUCCCCCCUCCUCGCUUUCUUUCUUCCAAAUAUUGUAGGGGGAUUCUUCAGCUUCGACCAUGGCAGGAGGUGCGAUCAUAAGCAACAAUGGAGGGGCAGAAUACCCAGGGAAGAUGACGCUCUUUGUUUUCCUCACCUGCCUUGUGGCCUCCUCUGGGGGACUUAUCUUUGGUUAUGACAUCGGGGUUUCUGGUGGGGUGACGUCGAUGGAUUCAUUCUUGCUAAAGUUCUUCCCGUCAGUUUACAAGGAGGAGAAGGAGAACGUAAGCACCAACCAAUACUGCAAGUUUGACAGCCAGCUUCUUACUGCCUUCACAUCAUCUCUAUACUUAGCAGCGCUCAUUGCUUCAUUCGUUGCAUCUACAAUGACAAGAAUGUAUGGGAGGAGAUGGUCAAUGUUUGUGAGUGGAGUUUCCGUUCUCGUGGGUUCUGCCCUUAAUGGUUUAGCAGAGAAUGUGCUCAUUCUCAUCGUUGGUCGCAUCCUUCUUGGUGUUGGUGUAGGAUUCGCGAAUCAGUCUGUACCAGUGUAUCUUUCUGAGAUGGCACCUGCGAGGCUUCGAGGCAUGCUCAAUAUUUGUUUCCAACUCAUGACUACAAUUGGGAUAUUUGUUGCCAAUGUUGUCAACUAUGGAACUGCUAAAAUUAGUGGUGGGUGGGGUUGGCGCGUUAGCCUUGCGCUUGGUGCUGUUCCUGCUGUGAUUAUAACCAUUGGCUCACUGUUUCUCUUUGACACCCCUAACUCGCUUAUUGAGCGUGGCCAUAAAGAGAAGGCUAAAGUUGUGCUCUCCAGGAUUCGUGGCACUGAUGAUAUCUAUCAUGAGUAUGAUGAUCUGGUGGUAGCCAGUGAGGAGUCCAAAGCUGUGAAACACCCCUGGUCUAAUAUACUAAAGAGGAAGUAUCGACCGCAGCUCACCAUGGCCAUCCUCAUCCCCUUCUUCCAACAAGUCACUGGCAUUAACGCUAUCAUGCUAUAUGCUCCUGUUCUCUUCAAGACAAUUGGUUUUGGCACCGAGGCCUCCCUCAUGUCUGCUGUAAUUAUUGGUGUUGUCAAAGUCCUUUCGACGUUAGUCUCCAUUGCCACCGUCGACAAGCUCGGUAGGAGGGUGCUCUUUUUACAAGGUGGCACACAAAUGAUCAUAUGCCAGAUUAUAGUGGGGACAUUGAUUGCGAUCAAGUUUGGGACUGAGGGACAUGCAAUUGUAUCAAAACCUUAUGCUAUCUCUGUGGUGGUGUUCAUUUGCCUCUAUAUGGCUGGCUUCGCAUGGUCAUGGGGUCCACUUGGAUGGUUGGUCCCUAGUGAGAUAUUUCCUCUUGAGAUCCGGUCGGCAGGCCAAAGCAUCACAGUCUCCGUCAAUAUGUUUGUUACCUUCGUCAAUGCGCAAAUAUUCCUUACUCUCUUUUGCCACAUGAAAUUUGGGCUCUUCUACUUCUUUAGUGGGUGGGUGACCAUGAUGACCAUCUUUAUUGCCCUAUUCCUACCUGAGACCAAGAAUGUGCCCAUUGAAGAGAUGGUCCUUGUGUGGAAAAAACAUUGGUUUUGGGGCAAGUUCAUUGCUGAUGAGGAUGUUCAUGUUGGAAAUAUUGGGAUGAGCAACAGCAAACCAUGAGCCACUGACGGAUGAUCUGUUUAGAAUUCUUUUCUUUCUUUUAUUUGUUGUAAUCGAGCUUAAAAAUCUUGACCUCUUGUGGCCACCUAUAUCACUCAUGAAGACUUCGAGCUGAAGAAAACAAAUUAUGAAUGAAUAAAGCACAAUUUGUACGCUUUGUAG